CACGCUCGUCUCCGUUGACUACCACGUUAAACUCCACUUCCCCCUCGUUCGAUUUCCCCCAAAUUGAAAAACCCUAAUUUCCCGUUUUGAUUUCUAUGAAUUCUCAGUUUACUCGCAUGCGAAUCCUAUCAAACAAUGGAUUCCGGUUCUGGCCGUGAUUUUUUUCAAAUCUGCAGCUUUUGAUUGUGUAAUGUAUUCGGGGCUCUGGAAACCUCUGAGAUCGAUCGAGCUUAUUGUUUAUCAAAAUCGUGUGAUUUGGAUCGUGAUUGGGAGUGGAUUGGGGUUUGAUGGAUGAUCAAGGCGAGGGGUUGUGUGUGAUGCUUCAGCAACCGAGUUUGAAGAUGUAUCGGCUCAUGAACGGGCCUUCAUUGCAUCCUUCGGGCUGGUUGGAGAUUCGUCUGUUCUACGUCCGUGUAUCGCCGUGUGCCGUCGAGAGCGUUCCAGAUCAUCUCACGCUCCGCCACCUCCGCCGCGAAAUAAGGGUUGCGUUGGAAAUCAAUGGGGCUCGGAUACCGGCACCGGAAGCGACGUCGCUGACGCUGCGUCGCGAUCGUAUCGAUAAGGAGUCGUCGGAAGUGACGUAUGUGAGCACUGACAGUGUUAGGGUUUCUGGGGCGGUUGAAUUUGAGGUCUAUGAGGGGGAGGACAUGUUGCUGUGUGGGUCUCUGGAGAGAAUGGAGGCUGCUUGGAGUAAUGGCCAUGUGGGAUUAGAAAACGAUUCGAAGGCUGGCUGGAGUAUGGACUGCUAUUCGGCAGCGGCAAUUGCAACCGGAUGUUCGGCAUUUUUCCAGCCAAAAAUUGGGAUUUCAGCUCCGUCCUUUGAGGUUUACAUUGCUGGGUGCUGUUCCGGUACGCCUGUGAUUUUAUCAAAGACAAUUCUGAUUAGUCCGAGGAGGAAACCGCCGAGGCAUGGCAUGCUUGAUGCUAUUCCCGAGGAUGAUGAAACUGGGAAGGAGAAGAACGGUGAUGGCUUGAUUCGGCAGCGGAAAAUUCAGAUGACAACAGAGGCAGAUGUUGAUGAAUAUGAGUUGGAUGCAAAAACUGGAAGCUACUAUUCUGACGAUAUGUAUGCCGGAGAGGAUGGCCAACUCUCAUGGUUCAAUGCUGGCGUAAGGGUCGGGGUUGGGAUUGGCCUGGGGAUGUGCCUUGGAGUCGGGAUUGGUGUGGGACUGCUGAUGCGCUCGUAUCAAGCAACCACCCGGAGCUUCAGGAGACGAUUUCUCUAAAUCUGAUGAUACUGGUAAGCAUCCUUGUUAAUGAAGUGACGUGUAAACAAAAAGAUUUGGAGAUCAUUUCCGGGGGGGGGGGGGGGGGGGGGUGGAUGAAUAUUUCGAGAUGGUGGCAGCAGAAGAAACAAGAAAAGACACAAGAAGUCAGCAUUACAAGGCUGUGUCCUGUCCUGUGUGUAGUAUUCUUGUUUACUUGGUCAAUAGCUAAUAACAAUGCUGCUGCUGCCGUGUUCCUUGACCUUUGGCACUUCCAACUGGAAUUCCAGGCUGAUUGAUGUUGAGAUGUUCAAUCCAUGGCAGCCCCGCAAAACCAUGAAAUGAUGGAGAUUGCUGCAUUUGGAAGGAUUCAUUCACCUCUAAUACUAAUAGUAAUGGAUGCAAAGCUGUUUCUAUUUUCUUUUGUUUUGUAGACAUUUUUCCUGUGGUCACUGUAGUAGUUAGUGUGUAUCUUCUUCUUCCUCUUUUAUUCCCCUGUAUCUGUAUGAAUUUUGGCCAUUGGCAUGUCAAUCUACCAUUCAAUCUGAGUGAGUUGGGUAGUCUAAAUAAAUGGGGUGUCUUUCAACUUCUCA